CUACUCCAUGCCGGAUUGAUGAAGAGGGACCGAUCAUUCUAUGCUCUAGCUCAGGAUUAUCGGAUCAGGAAAACGCGAAGCGAUCUUGGUGCUUGCUCAUAUGUACUACAAGCUCUACCGUCAUUAGUGCUCGUCAACCAUCAAAUCUGAGAGCUAGGACCUCUCAGCAACGAGUUUUCACUCACCCCACGGAACCGAAUACCCCUCCACCACCCCCGCCGGCGGCGCAUUGAAAGCAAAGAUGGGUCGCGAAGAUCAGAUCGAAGAGCGUGAAGUGCUCGACUCCAUUUUCCCCGAGGAGAUUACAGACGUUUCUGACACUUCAUAUCGGAUAUCGAUCGUCCUGGACCCCCCGGACAAUGACGUCGAAGAGCUCGAGCCGCCAGUUUUGCUUCUGCACGUGUCAUACCCGGAAGACUACCCGGACGUGGCCCCGGAACUCGAUAUCACCGCGGCCCCUAAUGCACCGAAACACCCCCGAAUCGAUGUCUCGGAGGACAAGAACCGGCUGCUCGAGGCGCUGCAGCCGACCAUCGAAGAGAACAUGGGGAUGGCGAUGGUGUUCACCUUGGUAAGCGCGCUGAAGGAGAGCGCCGAGCUGCUGAUGGCGGAGCGGGUCAGUGCCAUCCACGCGGAGCGCGAGAUGGAGGCGGCCAAGCGCGAGGAGGAGGAGAACCGGAAGUUCCAGGGCACGGCGGUCAACCGGGAGACGUUCCUGGCGUGGCGGGACAAGUUCAUGAAGGAGAUGGAGGAUGAGGAGAAGAGGCUGCGCGAGGAGAAGGAGGCCGAGGACAAGAAGGCACAGAAGAAGGCGCCCGGGAAGGAGGAAAAGAAGCUCACGGGCAAGCAAUUGUGGGAGCGCGGUCUGGCUGGCAGAGCAGACUUUGAUGAGGAGGAGGAGGACGCUAUGCCCGCUGCUGUAGAGAAGAUGAAGAUCGCCGCAUAGAAGCGCGACGUGCUCUAUGACCAAAUUUACAAGUAUACAUUC